UUUUAAGCUUCUCAAGCAGCAGAGGCUGUGGAAUAAACUCCUUCAGUCGGUGGAUUUCGGUGGCAAUAAUAUAUUGCACAUGGCGGCAAAGUACGAAUCGCAGUUUCAUCGGGGCCCUAGUGCCUUGCAGAUGCAACAUGACACCAAGUGGUAUAAGUAUGUGAAAUCGUUGGUGCCAUCCUACGCAGCAUUCCUUAAAAACCGAGAAGGUAAAACUCCAGAAGAAGUCUUCUUUACAUAUCAUAAAGAUCUUGUCGAAAAGAGUGAUGAAUGGCUUAGUCGUACAUCUGAAUCCUGCUCAGUGGUGGCCGCGCUGGUUGCCGGAGUUGCCUAUGCAACAUCAACCACUGUACCCGGUGGCAACGAUGACAAGACCGGCAAACCAACCUUAGAAAGACGUCCUGGAUUUGAUAUUUUUGCGAUCUCUGCACUCAUGGCACUCUGCUUCUCUGUCACUGCACUCAUCUUGUUCCUUUCCAUCCUGACCUCACGAAAACAACCCGCUGAUUUUAUGAAAAAAUUGCCUUUGAAACUUUUUUCGGCCUUAAGCUCACUGUUUCUGUCCAUUAUCUCAAUGUUCAUCUCUUUCUGCGCUGCGCAUUCCUUUGUGCUUGAGGACAAGUCCAAGAACUCAGUAGCGCUCAUCCUCUAUUGUAUCGUUUGUCUUCCUAUUUCCUUCACAAUUAUAGAAUUUCCACUCUACAUGGAUCUUUUCAGAGGUAUUUUUACGAAAGUUCAACGACCAUACUAUCAGAAAAGUAUUUAAAAGGGGUAGAAGGGGCAA